AUGGCGAGACGUUUGUUUGCUGACACUCUAUGUCUGACCGAUAACUCCCCGGAUGGCACAUAUGAAACAUCCACAUUGGCCUCGCUGUACAACACUGCACUGAUCGCCGUUCAGUACCUGCUCCCACUUCUCGUACUCUCCUGUGCGUAUUACCGAGUGGGCGUGGUCUUGAGGAAAGACAAGAGCGUAGGAGACUCAAUUCAUGCUAAGUCGGUAGCGGCGAAGAAAAAAUACUCUGAUCACGAAUAUGGCACCGACUUCAAAGACAGCGACCAGGGCUAUAUUUCAUAC